AUGACCGUCAAGCCAGACGCUAUGCUUUUGACGAUCGUUUUUGAUAUUUGUGGUCGAUUGAGAAAUGAACGAGGUCUUACAAUUGGUCGCAACAUGCUUUCUCAACUAUCGUCGAUUCACGACACCAUUGUUCUAAAUGCAGCUUUGCACAUGUUCAUGAGCUGUGCCGAUACGACAACAGCCGAACAAUUGUUCAAUCGAAUCAAAACAAAAGAUAUUGCGUCUUUCGGCGCAAUGAUGAAAGGAUAUAAUAUGAACAAUGAUUCAUUCAAAGUUCUUACUCUUUUCGAACGGUUAAUUGAAGACGAAAUCGAGCCAGAUAUAAUCACUUUUGUCUUGGUUAUCAACGCGUGUGCUCAAAUUGGAAUGAUUUCAUGUUGUCGAUCGGUCAUUUCUCGAAUUCCGAAACAAUUUCUUCUCGACAAAUAUUGUCAAAAUGCUUUGAUCGAUAUGUGGGGCAAAGCUGGUUCACUCGAAGAAGCACAACGUAUUUUCCAAACAAUCGAUAAACCCGAUGUUGUGUCUUUCGGCGCAAUGAUCAAUGCAUUCGGUUUAAAUGGAAUGGGUUCAUCGGCUGUUGAUCUGUACCGACGAAUGCCUGUUGAUAUGCGCAACGAAAUCAUCCAUAUUUGUGUAUUGAAUGCGUGCUCUCAUUCGGGACUCAUCGAAGAAGCUCGUUCGAUAUUUCGCGAUCUUUCUCCAAAAACAACGAAAAUAACCACCGCAAUGGUUGAUUGUAUGAGCCGUAUGCGCAUAUUUGACGAAGCUCAGAAGUUGAUCGAUGAUUUUGAACAAUUCAACGAUCCCUAUCCGGAAUUCCGAGCUCAUGAUCGAUCUAAUCCCCAAUCGGCCGAGAUCUAUGCCGAACUGGAUCGAAUAUCGAAAGAACUGAUUGUGAAUGGACAUCACUAUGAUUCAAGUUGGAUCACACGACAACUUAAAAAAGACGAGACGACCGAAUCUGUUCUUUGUGGACACAGCGAAAAGUUGGCGAUCGCCUUUAAUUUCAUCCAGAAGCCGAUUCCGUCGCCUAUUCAAAUCACGAAGAAUCUUCGUGUUUGUGUUUGCUCUAGUUUGGAGAACGGCGCAAUUGGUUCAUUAUCGAGUUUGGAUAAUCCUAAAGCUCAUCCACUCGAAUCAUUUAUGAAUCGUUUGCGAAUACCAAUGAUUUCGUUAGAUUAUUUCGAUUAUAAUAAACAAUUUGAUGGCGUUAAGAAUUUUCAUUUUUCAAUAAAAACUAAUCUCUUACAAACUCUUGCAGCAUUUAUUAAGCGCUAUAAAGUUAAUAGAUUAUAUUAUGUUGUCGAAGAAGAGGAAGGUCAUAUUGAAAAUCAAACGAUUCCAAUUGUUUUACCGUGCUCAACAGACGAUAAAGAACGUUUGAAACAGUCUGAUUCAUCGAUACUUGCAUUAUAUUACAAUGGAACAGCUGUGGCUAUUAUACAAAAACCAGAAUAUUAUGAACAUCGUAAAGAAGAACGGUGUUGCCGUAUUUUUGGCAUUUGUGAUCGUGAACACCCACAUAUUAAAAUGAUUAUGGACAGUGGUGAUUGGUUGAUCGGAGGUGAAUUAAAAGUAUUUGAACGUGUACGUUGGAAUGAUGGCUUAGAUCAUUUUCGUUUAACACCCAAUCAAUUGAGACAACGUUUCUAUGAAAUUAAAGUAAGUUUAAUCAAAAAUUCUUUUUUGCGGUUGGCCGUUCGAAUUGCUCAGUACCAACCGGUUUUAGAUGAUGAUGACAAUGUGCUUGAUCGAAACAAAACUGUUUUAGCCAUAUUUCCAUCGCCCAUGUUAUACGCCGGUCCACGGGAAGUACAAUGGCAUGCAAAAGCUAGAACGACAGCCGGAGUCAGUUUUUAUAUUGUUGGAAGGGAUCCAGCCGGUAUUGGUCAUCCUCGAAUAAAGUCGAAAGAUUUAUAUGAUCCAACAUAUGGUUCAAAAGUAUUAACAAUGGCACUCGGACUCCAUAGAUUAGAAAUCCUAGCAUUCCGAGUGGCUGCCUAUAAUAAAAUAGAAAAGAAAAUGGAUUUUUACGAUCCAUUAAAACAUGAUCAAUAUGAUUUUAUUUCGGGUACAAAAAUGCGACAGAUAGCACGAAUGGGAGCAUUGCCACCCGAUGGAUUCAUGGUUCAAUCUGCAUGGAAUGUCUUAGCAUCGUAUUAUAAUAACUUACAGUCUGAGAAAAACAAAUGUAACUGA